AUGUCGGCUGAAUCAGAUGAAGUGGCGGAAGACUACCGUCUCGCGCUCGAGGACCUCUCCUCCAACAUGCGGUUCGAGAUUAGCAACUUGACUGUCAUCGCGCGAGAGAACACUGAGCAUGCCUUGGCCAUUGCCGAGGUGCUGCAGCAACACAUUCUCAAGGCCCCCCCUGCUAAGAAGCUGCCUGCUCUCUAUGUGCUUGACUCCAUUGUAAAGAAUGUUGGCACUCCCUACACACUCUAUUUUGGUCGAAACCUGUUCAAGAUAUUUAUGGAAUCAUACGCCAUGGUCGAUAAUGCCGUGCGAAAGAGGAUGGAGGACAUGCUCAAGACGUGGAAAGACCCUGUCCCCGGAUCAAUGGACACCAGGCCAGUUUUCUCCCACGAAUUGGUUCGGCCGAUAGAGAAUGCUCUCAUGCGAGCACGCGCGGCUUUGAUGCCGCAAAGUGCAAUGGGUGGGCGAGGACGAGGAGUCAUGAUGCCACACCGCAACACCCCUACACCGCCGGGUAUGCGCGGGUAUCCUGUCGUUGACGGCCAAGGGCAGCCGCAGAAUGGAGGACCAGUACCUGGCCAGCACCAGGGUCAGCCUCCGGCCAACUAUUUCCGUCAAGUCACACCACAGUCUGGCCAACCACAAGGACCUUAUCCGCCCCCUGGACAAUAUGGCACUGGACCGCCGGGCACAAACGUAGACAAGUUGAAUCAGGAUAUCCAGAAUCUGAUUGUAGCGACACAUGCCGAGCUCUCACAGAGUCCGCAUGACGCGGGAAUUCAGAUCAGACUUAAAGCAUUGACGGAUCUCCAAAGUGUCGUCCAAAAGUCGACACUGCCUCCAGACCAGCUUGAGCUCAUUAAAAACAAAGUAACUGAACUUGCUGCUGUAACCAGGCCCAGCGUGGCCCCUUCAUAUGCAGGGCAAAACCUGCUACCUACGCGCCCAUCCUCGGGGCAGUUUCAACAAGUAACCCAACCUUCAGCCCCCCCUGCCGGCCAACAUCCGCAGGGACAGGUAUCCCUUGACGCUUUGCUGGGUCAGGGAGCUCUCGCUGCCUUGAUGUCGAGAACAGGAUCCAAUUCCAACAACACCACACCUAACCCCCCUGGGUCGGGAGCAAUCCGAUCACCUCCUCCUGUCCCAGCCCAACUUCCAACACCAGCCGCUGCGGCCCCAAACAAUGCAGUGUCUCUGCUCGAUAGACUGCGGCAAGCAGGUAUGCUGCCGCCAACCGCCACUCCAACACCACCGGUCGCCCAAGCUGCGGCUCCGCCACCCCUUAUCCCGGCCAACAUUGCCAGUAUUCUGUCGGCAGCAAAGGCUGGCGCUUUUGGAUUGCCCAACAUAGGAGCCGGAAGCCUCAAUGAAGCCAUGUUAAAGCAACAAUCACCUGACAACAUCAUCCACGCCCUGUAUGAUGAGCUAGGAUCGCCUUGUGCUGAAUGUGGCAGGCGUUUCAAGCGAAAUAUGGAGGGUGACAAGAAGAGACGAGCUCAUAUGGACUGGCAUUUCAAGGUGAAACAGCGCAGUGCCGAGGCAGAGAAGAGAGGCACGCACCGAAGUUGGUACGUUGACCAACAGGAUUGGCUUAGGUCUCGAGAAGUCGUCGACGUAGACCACAUCGCGCAGCCGGAGCCUUCGGCCGAAGAGCAGUCCAAGACUGCCUCGGUUCCUAAAUAUAUUCCGGUUCCAGAACCCACCAGCGGCAUCAACAAUGUUUGCCCUAUCUGUCAGGAGAAGUUUGAGAAUAAGUGGCUUGACACUGCACAGGAGUGGGUAUGGUUGGACGCAGUCUUGGUACGGAACCGCGCCUAUCAUGCCUCGUGCUAUGCCGAGGCUACACGGGACCGAGAGGGCACACCUGGCGCCUCGAGACGAACCCCAGAGCCUGUGCUCGGGAAAAGAAAGGCAGAAGGUGGCCUGCUGUCGCCCAAGAUUCGGACGCUUAAGACGGCGUACUAG